AUGCCGCCACGCGGAAGAGGAGGAAACUUUAGGGGCCGCGGUGGUGGUCGAGGCAGAGGAAGAGGUGGUCGAGGAGGUAAAGCGACAAGCCGAUUUGGUCCCAAUCGAAGAUUCGACGGAACUCGACUUGCAGAUAAUCAAGAAUCAGAAAGCUCUGGAUCAGAAUCAGAGUCUGCGCCUGAAGACACAGUGAUGGACGAUGUCGAUCCCGAGGAUGAAGACGAUGAGCAGACAGCAUCUGCAAAGCCAUACAUGGCCCUUCUACAAAGCUUCAACAACGAGAGCAGUGCCCCCAAUGCUAAGCGACGGAAGCUGGGCCACCAAGAAUCCGCCCAGCUUCAAUCUGACGAGGAGUCUGCAUCUGAGGACGAACAAGACGCCGAGAAGGAUAUCGAUCGUGCCGAGGAAGAACCAGAGGAGCAGGUUGAGGACCAAUUAGACGAUGAUGACGAUUCGGAAGACGAAGAAAACCCAACAGAUCCUUUUGAUCUGCACUUUGCGCAUCCCGAGGACGAUGUUGUCGCAAAGAGAGUCAAGGCAGUGCAAAAGGGCGAUUGGGCGACAAAGCGAGCGCUACUGCAGAACCUGAGGGCAACGGUACAGUAUCCAGGCUGCGACGCAGGAUCCGAGGUGCCAAAACCUAUUACCGGUCUUGAUGGCCUGCAGCUCAAGCAAAAACUCAAGGAGAUUUCCUCUCGCAAGGUUGGCGAGUUCGACGCCGUUCAGCGCAACUUGAGUUCCCUUCUCUUCAAUUAUAAUGAUGUCUUGUUCUGCGAUCGCACAGUACGAAACUCAGAUUCAUUACGAGAGCUGACCUGCCUUCAUGCUCUCAACCAUGUUUUCAAAACUCGAGACCGUGUUAUCAAGAAUAACUAUAAGCUGGCCAAGGAAGGACAAGAUGCCGAUCUGGAACUGCGAGACCAGGGCUUCACUCGGCCCAAGGUGCUCUUCCUCCUUCCUACACGUAAUUCAUGCCUUCGAAUGGUCAACAUGAUUCGUGAUCUUUGCGAACCAGACCAGCAAGAAAACCGCAAGCGAUUCGACGAUGGCUAUGUGGAUAAGGAGGCGAAGUUUGGCGCUGACCGACCAGCUGACUUCAAGGAUCUCUUUGAAGGAAGCGACGACGACAUGUUCCGUCUAGGCAUGAAGUUUACUCGCAAGACGAUCAAGUACUUUUCACAAUUUUACAACUCAGAUAUCCUCUUCGCUAGUCCUCUGGGUCUUCGAAUGGCCAUUGGUUCUGAAGAGGAUUCAAAGCUCGACUUUGACUUUCUCAGCUCAAUUGAGAUGGUUGUUGUCGAUCAAGCAGAUGCUCUUCUCAUGCAGAACUGGGAGCACGUUGAGUUUAUCUUCGAGCACAUGAACCUCCAGCCCAAGGAUGCUCAUGGUUGUGAUUUCAGCCGUGUGCGAAAUUGGUACUUGGAGGAUUGGGCAAAGUAUUUCAGACAGACAGUCGUCUUGUCUGCGUUCAAUACGCCCGAGUUGUCCGAGCUUCUUCGAUUGCAUUGCCACAACUGGGCUGGAAAGGUCCGACUCCAGCCUGAAUACCCCGGGAUGCUAUCGCAACUUGGUAUCAAAGCAAAGCAGACAUUCUCACGAUUCCAGUCUAGCUCCAUCGACAGAGAGCCCGACGCUCGGUUCGAGUACUUUACCUCUGCCAUUAUCCCCUCACUUGCCAAGCGGGCAAAGGAUGCCACUGGUACUCUCAUCUUCAUUCCCUCCUACCUCGACUUUGUGCGUGUACGCAACUAUUUUGCAACAUCGAGUGCCGUCGAGAAUGUCACCUUUGGAGCAAUCUCUGAGUAUGCCGACGUUCCAGAAGCCUCCCGAGCCCGCUCCCAUUUCCUGAAUGGUCGCCAUCGUGUGCUGCUAUAUACCGAGCGAGCACAUCAUUUCCGAAGAUAUCAAUUCACCGGCGUGCAGCGGGUCAUCUUCUACGGCUUGCCCGACAACCCCAUCUUCUACACUGAGAUUGCGGGUGGGUAUCUCAGCAAGAGUGAGCAGGAUCUAAGGCUUGAUCCUGGGCAGGGAACCGUCAAGGUCAUGUUCUCAAAGUACGAUGUGAUGAAGCUGGAGCGAGUUGUAGGCUCCAAGAGAGUUGGCAAGAUGAUUCAGGACCGCGGCGAUACCUUUGAAUUUAUUUAG